AGUUCCUCCCGGCUUCGCGUCGUCGAGACGCGCAAAGAAUUCUGGGACAUCUGUCCAAGUGCGGUUGCUGUACUACUAUCGUUAAACCAUGAGGGUUUGUUUUGUUUGUUUUUAAAUGUAAAACUACACGAGCUUGAUUUACCAACUCUGUAUAAGUAGUGAACGCACUGAAGUCUCAACACAGGACGUGCAUCGCGACGAGACUUAAAUUGUUGAAUCUUAAUCCCCGGUGAAUCUCUUCUCUCAAAGUCUAUCGAGCUAGUUUAGCUUGCUAGCAGCUAACAAAGAGACGCGUUUGUUCGCAUCGCCUUGCUAAUCAGAGCUCAAGUGGGAGUGUAAGGCGUUGUGAUAUCGUGUGGAAAUGUGUACAAGAAAGACUGCGGACUACAAAGAGGAACUUUUUGCAACGACCGAGGAAAACGAGCCACGACGCUUCCAAGUGCGCUCUGUUUUCCAGCAGCCUCGAGAUGUGCUCCACAGAGCAGCCACCGUUUUUGAAGAUCUUCGCCCAGAUCAACAGGAACCAGAGGACCUCCACGUUAAAGAGGAAGAGGAGGAAGAGCCACUCUAUGUUAAAGAGGAAGAGGAGGAGGAGGAGGAGGAGGAAGAAGAUGAGCUCCACUACAAUAUAGAAGAUGAGGAAGACGAACAAGAGAGCCCCUGCAUCAAAGAGGAGGAAGACUUCACCGAUUUGCCAUUGACUGUUGUCUAUUUGGAAAGUGAUGAUGAUGACGAAGGUCAAAGUGAGAAGAACGGAGGGGCAGAGCUUCGAAGGAGUAGCCAAAGGCACCGCAUGACAACAGGAGGUCAUGGCGACCACUGUAGAGGCUCACAAGCUGACAGCCUUUUUGCUCCACUAUCAGAUAGUGACGACAUGUCGUCACACACUCCUGAUGGUGACGAUGACGACGAUGAUGACGACAAUGAUGAUGACUAUGAAGCUGGAGAUGAUGAUAAUAAUGAGGAGGAUGAGGAUGGGGAGGAUGAAUACAUAAAAGACGAUGUGACAUGUCACACUGAGAAAAAACACUGGAAAUGUUCGGAGUGUGGAAAAACAUUAAGCACCAAGCGUGUUUUGAAAGAACACAUGAGAAUACACACUGGAGAGAAACCUUUUGCCUGCUCGGUUUGUGCUCAACGAUUCUCUUUUAGGGAAAACUUAAAAAUACACACAAGAACACACACCGAGGAGAAACCUUUUGAGUGUUCUUUUUGUGGUAAAAAAUUUACUCAAAAGACAAAUUUAAAAAAACACACACGAACUCACACAGAGGAGAAACCGUUUGUCUGUUCAGUUUGUGGUAAACAAUUUACUCAGAAGUCUAAUUUAACAACGCACACAAGAACACACACUGGAGAAAAACCGUUUGCCUGCUUGCUUUGUGGUCAAAGAUUCUCUGUAAGGGGAAACUUAAGACGACACACAAGAACACAUACUGGAGAGAAACCUUUUGUCUGUUCAGUUUGUGAUCAAAGUUUCUCUACAAAGCCAAACUUAACGAGACACACAAGAACACACACAGAAGAGAAACCUUUUGCCUGCUCAUUUUGCGAUGAAAGAUUCACUUUACAGACCAGUUUAAUUACACAUACUAGAACGCACACGGGGCAAAAAACAUUUGCCUGCUUGGUUUGCGGUAAAAGGUUCUCUGUCAGGGGAAACUUAACAAGACACGCCAGAACACAUACUGGCGAGAAACCUUUUGCUUGCUCGGUUUGCGGUCAAAGAAUGUCGACAAAGGCAAAUUUAACAACGCACACACGAAAGCACACUGGGGAAAAACCCUUCAGCUGCAGCAUCUGUGAAAAACGUUUCUUAAGUAAGGCUUACGUUACAAGGCACAAGUGUACUGGUGACAACAGUAGUGAUCAAUGAAGCUAUACAUAGGCGGAAAAAACUGAGUGUCCACGGUGAUCUGGAAAGUGUUUGUGAUCCUGGAUCA